AUGCAGAGCCUGAACGAGCCUAAUCAGAAAGAAGCGCUCCUGGCGUCCGACGCCCGCCUGGUCCUGGUGGCGCAGAACGUCUUCGGGGUUCCGAUCGUAUACCAGAGAAAGGCUGAGGUGAUGAACUUCUUCCAGGGCUCUGAGCAUGCCGCCGCGGCUCGAGAGUUCCUGUCUGUGGGCGGAGGUGCCUUCAUGAUCGAGGUCCCGCACGGCAUGCCCCACCCGCGCAUGGGAAUCCUGAUCUUCGAGGUGAAUCCCGACGGCAAGAUCCAGAACAUCAAGGUCUGGACGAGAGAUCUGCGGGACGACACCGCUGACUUGAACGACAGCGGCUUGACUGGCGUCGCAAGCCUGACGCAGCUCAGGGGCCUUGCAGAAGUGUUCAGUUCGUGUAGACUCCAGGCUUUUGCAAAAUCAUAA